UCCGUGACACAGCUUUCCGAUCCCCCCCACACCAUGUCUGACAUUGGCGCCGGCGGCGGUGACGAGGUCAUCCUCGACGCCCCUGGAUUCAUCCGCGUGUACAAGAGCGGCCGCGUCGAGCGCUUCCUACCUGUGGACUUCGCCCCGCCCUCCACCGACGCCGCCCCCACCGGCGUCUCCUCAAAGGAUGUCGCCAUCCUUCCGGAAGCCGGCGUGUCGGCGCGCAUUUACCUCCCGGCGGCCCCCUCCUCCGGAAGCUUCAACGGCAAGCUCCCCGUCCUGGUGUUCUUCCACGGCGGCGGGUUCUGCCUCGGCUCCGCGUUCGACGCCGCGGUGCACGGCCACGCCAGCCGGCUCGCUGCGGCGGCCCGCGCAAUCGUCGUGUCGGUGGAGUACCGCCUCGCGCCGGAGCACCCGGUCCCCGCUCUCUACGGGGACGCGUGGGCGGCGCUCCAGUGGGUGGCCGCGCACGCCGCGGGGCAGGGGCAGGAGCCCUGGCUGACCGCGCACGCGGACCUCGGGCGGGUCCACGUCGGCGGCGAGAGCGCGGGCGCCAACAUUGCGCACCACGCCGCGAUGCGCGCCGGCGCCGAGGAGCUGGGCCACGGCGUGAAGCUGAGCUCGCUCGUGCUGAUCCAUCCCUACUUCCUGGGAGGCGACAGCUCCGAGACGGACGAGAUGGGCAUGGCGUUGCUCCGCGACCUCGUCCGGCUGUGGCCGGUGGUGUGCCCGGGCACGAGCGGGUGUGGCUACGACCCGUUGAUCAACCCGAUGGCGCAGGGCGCGCCCAAUCUCGCUAGCUUGGGGUGCCGGCGCGUGCUUGUCUGCGUCGGGGGAAAGGACCCGAUGAGGGGUAGAGGAAGGCUGUAUUGUGAGAAGCUGAAGGGAAGUGGAUGGUGCGGGGAGGUGGAGGACUGGGAGGCAGACGGCCAGGGGCACGGUUUCCAUCUCUCGUCUCCAGCGAGUGCAGAGGCGGAAGCCCAAGUCCGUGUUGUUGCAGAGUUUCUGAGCUAUGGAUGAUAUCUCCGUUUAUCCACUACUUCACACGGCAAUGUACACCCAUGGCGACCUUGUUGCAUGACAGGAGCAGUAAUAAGCAUACAUGACUCUUCUCGUAGUAGUGCAAUCUUCCUGCCACGGAGUCACCUACUAUGGAUCAUGACCCAACAGUUGUAAACAGAUCAGCAUAUGAAGAAUCUCUUGGAUCAACGUAUUUGAUGAUAUGCCUUGCGUUGAUAUCCACCUUCAGAUAUCCCAGGCAUGCAGCUUUGUUUGUCUUACAAGGCAUGCAUGAAUCAUGAUGUCUUGGUCAAUCAUUCACUUCCAUUUCCGCGUCAGUAGGGCUUUGAGCAGUGCUUCCUUGACUUGUCUUUUUGCUUUCGCUGACCAAGCACACUUCUUCUCAUCUUGCAAAGAGCAUGCUGUUUUAGCAAGCGAUAAGCUAUGCAUGGAGAUUUUGUGAUAUGCAUGAAUGGAAAGAUGUUGAUAGAAUUUA